AUGAGUAGUUUCAAAGAUCCCCAGCAAUUGAGAAAUCAAAAUUUGAGUGAAAGAACUGGCGAAGUAUCUGUGGAGAAGCGCAGCAUAAACAGGCGGGAAAAAGAGAAGAGAGAGAAGGAAGAAGCGGAGGCAGCGGAGAGAGCGAAGCAGCAAGCGGCGCAGGCAGCUGUAUUGGCACCUGGUAACCAGGCUAGGAAGAGUCGUGAGAAGUCGCAUAAUGCGAAUGUUGUGAGCGAGUUCCUCGAGGGCUAUCAUGAUACUCCAUGA